UCGGAAGCAGUCCAAAUUUCGCCUUCACAGCACCGACUUGUCAGCAUUCACUUCUGUCCUGAGGAAGAGUUCAUGGCCGAUUCUGAAGCAGAAGGUUCAAACAAUCACUCCUCACAGCAGGAAGAUUCGCUGGUUUUGCAGGAUAGAGAAUUGCAGCCUGAUGAGCUCAGCACAGUGGAAGGAUCAGUGCUAGAUUCAGUCGGUGCAGGCACAAGAUCUCCUGCAUCACCUCACUAUACCGCGGGAAGAAGGGAACGCACUCUACGACAGAGAAAACACGUCAAUUAUACUGAACCUGCUGAUAAUCCUCUUAAAGACCAUAAUGACAUCAAACGACAAUUUCGUCAAGGUGAAAACCAUAAGACAACGGCUUCGCUCCCUGCGAAGCGUGGCCGUGGACGACCUCCAAAGUAUGCCCAAGCUCAACAACAGCAGCAUUCAAACGCUUUGCAAAGUAUACGAUCCUCAUCACGUAAUCAACCUUCAGUAACCAAUUCACGCUUUCAGCCUGUGCGCUAUUCCAAGCGUAGUCUCCAAGCACGCGAUGACGACGACGACGACGACGAAGAUCACGAAAACGACGCUUACGAAAGUUUGAGGACAAAAGUGCGUCGGUUAUCUCAAAGCAAUGACGCAAAAUUGAAUUCUUCAUCAAGGUACAACAUGAGAACAAGGUCUAAAGAAGUUGACCAUGCGGAGGAUAAUCGUGAUGACGAAGGAGACGACGAAGGAGAGGAUGAAGAUGACGACGACGAUGUUCGACCAACAAAACACUCAACGCGCACGCAAUCAAGGAUGCAAGAUUCAUUUUUGGAUACUGGAAGUCCAUCUGUAGACGAGGAAAGAGCUCCGAAUGCCCAAUAUUCUUUGCGAACUCGUAAGAACGUUAGCUACUCCGAAAAUCAUGUUCGAGCUGGUUUUGAAGCAAGAGCUAGUCCAAGCCCAAAGUCGUAUUCACCGUCCUUGAGAUCCACCAGAGUGUCACGUUGGCGGAUAUCGAACGAAGCAAAUGGGGGGCUUCGAAAUUUGCCAUCGGAAAAGGCUUAUCACCUUCGAAAGCGAGCUCACCCUCCUAAUUUCUAUGCCGUUCCCCCGCCCCCCGUCAUACCUCCCAAGCCAACCUCAAACGUACGCCCUCAUCGAUCUCAUAGGGCUUCGUCUUUGUUCCGACACAUAGGCUCAGGCUCAAGUGAUGAAGAAAGCAUUCGGCGAAAUGUCAAGCAGCUUCGUGGUGGAGAAAGUGGAUCCAGGAUACUUCCACUGAACCUGUUAGAACUCAAGGGCUCAAGAGAUAGCUCUCUUCUUGGACCAGCCGUUCUUACAGAUCAAAAUUCAAUUAGCGACAAAUUGGAAGGACAAUCGUUCAAUUUUGAGUCUAUUGGCGGAUUAGACCAUCACAUCAAGUCUUUGAAGGAAAUGAUACUGUUACCUCUUCUGUAUCCUGAACUGUAUGCGAACUUUCAAAUCACACCACCCCGCGGUGCCUUACUAUACGGACCACCGGGUACAGGCAAAACACUAAUGGCUAGAGCGCUCGCCAAUAGCUGCUCGACACAGACCCAGAAGGUAGCUUUUUUCAUGAGAAAAGGUGCAGAUUGUCUUAGCAAAUGGGUUGGCGAAGCAGAACGCGAAUUGAAGCUGCUAUUUGAAGAGGCAAAGAAAUGGCAACCAAGUAUUAUAUUUUUUGAUGAAAUUGAUGGUCUUGCGCCGGUGCGUAGCGCAAAGGCAGAGCAGACACACACAUCUGUAGUAUCAACAUUGUUGGCCUUGAUGGACGGUUUGGAUUCACGUGGGCAAGUCAUUGUUCUCGGAGCAACCAAUAGAAUUGAUGCAAUCGAUCCUGCUCUACGUCGACCUGGAAGAUUUGAUCGCGAGUUUUACUUUCCGCUACCUAAUGAAGAAGCGCGAAGCACCAUCAUAGAAAUCGCUACUCGUGAAUGGGAGCCUCCAGUUCCAGUUGCUUUCAAAAAGAGGCUAGCUCAAGUUUCGAAAGGCUACAGUGGGGCCGACCUAAAAGCACUAUGUACAGAAGCAGCUCUUAAUUCCAUACGUAGAACGUAUCCACAAAUUUACGAAUCGUCUGAUCGACUUUUGGUUUCGCCGCAAGAAGUGCAUGUGAAGCCACACGAUUUUCUUGACAGUGCAAAAUCGCUUGUCCCAUCUUCUUUUCGAUCUGCCGAUGCUGUUGCUUCUCCUCUUCCUGAUUCGUAUGCUAUACUGUUGCGGGAUCAGUUCAAAAAGAUGAAGGAGUUUGUCUUCAAAACGAUUCCUCCCAAGAUCAAUAAUUCUUUGCUGGAUGAAGAUACAAUCGAUGACGAGUCUAAGGGUUUGUCUGUUCAACAUGAGCAUUUCACCUUGACUGGCUCAAGUGAAAUGCGAACGUACAAACCCCGAUUACUUAUCAACGGCAUGAAGGGCUUUGGUCAAAAGCACGUCGCUGCUGCUCUUCUUGACGCUUUAGAAGGACACCAUGUUCAGUCAUUUGAUUUGGCUAUAUUGAUGGGUGAUUCUGUUAGAUCGCCAGAGGCUAUCUGUGUACAGUUGUUUACUGAAGUAAAACGCCAUCGACCUAGCGUCAUAUAUGUUCCCAAUAUUCACAUAUGGUGGCAUGCUGUCUCUGAUAUGGUUCGAAACACUUUCAUCAACCUUCUGAACGACAUCCAUCCUUAUGAUCCUAUCUUAUUGCUUGCCACAAGUGACGUUCUAUAUGAAGAUCUCCCCUCGGAAGUACAACAAUUAUUUCGCCAUUGUAUGCUUGGACGCUGGCUUCUAGGCAACGCUUCCAAGGAUGAAGUUGCGGAAUUCUUCAACUUUAUACUAUUGCAAGCAAUGAAAACCCCAGAAGAAUACAAGCGUCGUCGAAAAGCUGAAUCAGAAACCGCACAGCAAGUACUACGAAGAGCCCCUCCCCUUCCUCCACGGCAGUUAAGCGAAUCCGAAAAGCAGAAACUGAAAAGCCACGACGUACACGUCCUCCGAGAAUUUCGUCGCGAGUUGCGGUGCGUCGUUGAAGACUUGCUCAAAAACAAACGGUUCAAGUAUUUUGCCUAUCCUGUGGAUAAUGAAGAGUAUCCGGAAUACUACACCUUAAUUAGACAUCCCAUGGACUUGAAUAAGAUAAUGAACAAGAUUAACGAAGGAAAGUACUUCUCCGUGGCAGAUUUCCUACGAGAUAUACACAUCAUUCGGUACAAUACCGAAUUCUAUCAUGGCGUUAACGAGGAUGUCACCAUUCGCGCUUAUGCUCUUGUUGAUGAUGUGGAGUCAUUUGUCCAUAGUUUGAACCCUGAGCUUAUAGCAGAACUCUCAGCGACAGCAAAGAGAAGAAAACUGGUCAAGGAUGAAGAGAGAAAAGCUGUGAAUCACAAGUACUUUACACGGACUGCUUCAGAAAGGGGUGUGAAGACAAGAGGCAUGGAGAAGAAGACUGCUGAGAACGAAAACGUUGUUGAAGAAAGCAUAGAUCACGAAUACCUUGAUUAUAUCAGCAAACUUCGCGAGAGUUAUGACAGCGGGUUCCAGAAUAGCUUGAAUGCUACAGAUACGCUUCCUGCAUCUGAUACUGAGGAAAACACUGAUACUCAAUACGCGCCUGUAUUGAAUAGUCAUAUUCAAGCGGCUUCUAUAGAAGACUCUGCUCCUCAAGUUGCUAACACCAAAGAAUCAACACCCGCGUCACAGCCAGAAAUCACCUCAUCUCUCGUAAAGCCAGCCAUCGUUAUAGACGCUGAAAAUAAUCCAUUCACAGCUAUCAUUGAAAAUGGAGUUGACACUGCUACCACUGACAACGCUCAAGGGGAUGCUGCUGGACCUGUCCUAGUUUUAGAAGAAAACAGCGAGAAAGUGAUAACGCAGGAAGAGACUCCAAGUGAGACGAAGCCUACUACAAUCGUUGAGACUAAUCAUAUUGCCACUGAAGCGAAAUCACUUACUGUCGACCCUAUUAUGGAGGAUCAUAGUGAGAAUGACUUGGAGAACCUCGUGCAGUCCUCCGAACCGCAGGAAUUUCAGAUUGACCAUGUGGCCAUCAAAGCUUUGUUGGACUCGGUAGCCGUACAGACGCAAAGCUGGCCAUUGGAUGAGAUCUGCCACCUCAGAGCUGAGAUGCUUAGCCUUGUUCAUGAGAACAGAAUGCUGUGGAGUAAAGAGCCAUUAUUACAGGAACUUAAGGAACUAGUUGAAACUUUUACCAAAGACAGAGAAGAAUCAUAGAACCACUCGCUGUUUACAAUAAACCUCAAUGAUCUGCUUUCACGUACUGUCAUUGUAUGAAAAUUUGAUAAAACAUUUA